AGCUAAAUUAGCUGAAGAGAUGAGUCAUCCAUUCGUAAAAUAAGAAAACAUUGCUCACAAAAUUUAAUAUCGUGCGUGAGCGCAGUGUAGCGCCAAACAACAAUAAUUUGUAUUUAUUAGCAUGUAGGGGGAUCAGUGAAAGCUUUUGUCAUAUUUAAUUCCUUGUUUCAAAGUUUUUAUUGCACGACAUAAUAUUUGCUAGCGAAAAAAGCCCUGUUUGCCCAUUUCAAAUAAGAAGUAUAAUCGCAAAUUUUGCUUAUCCCGCAAAAAGAAUCUAUAAUAGUUCUCGAAUGCUAUAGAGGGUGUAUGACUAAGAUCUGAAAAAGUGUUUCCAGUGCAUGUUCCUGGAAAAUAGUGUUUAUAACCGACAUUGGUGUUCUUUGCACCAUAUCUCCUCCGAACAUGACGUGUAAAAUUGAUUUUAGUGACUGUCUGAAAGAUUCGCCUAAGUUCAGAUGGCGACUUGAUCAGGAGGAAAAUGAUAUCGAUCAUCUAGAGCAGAAGUUGGACAAAAUUAUUAAAAUGUGCAGCCAGGCGGUUGAUAGUGGAAAAGAAUAUAUUCGAAAUCAGAGUGCAUUCGCCACGUCGCUUUGGGACCUGCAAAAACAUUUUCAGGAUGAUAAAUCUUCCACUAACGCCUUAGCAAAACUUAUUCAUUGCUUGCAGGAGAUGAAUAAGUUUCACACUACUUUACUAGACCAAGCCAACCGUACUGUACUGAAAAACCUGACAAGUUUUCUAAAAAAAGACGUCAAAGAAGUGAAGGAUUACAAACAAAUCUUUACCAAAGUUUCGGAAAACUUGGACGCAGCAGUAUACAAAAACUCCCAAGUUAACAAAAAUCGCCCGGUUGAUAUUGUUGAAGCAGAAAAUCUGCUCUCAGCAACAAAAUCGUGCUUCAAUCACGCCGCUUUGGAUUAUGUUAACUAUAUCACUAUGUUACAAAAUCGUAAACGUCAUGAAAUUUUAUCGACUUUACUAAGUUAUAUUCAGGCCUGCAGCACAUAUUUUCAUCAAGGGUCAGACCUGUGCGAAGAUUUUGGAAGUUUUUUCAAAACGCUAGACGACGAUAUUAGCGUUAUGCGUGGACAAUAUAAUUUACUAGAUAAACAGAUGCAAAACAGGCAUACUUGUGUUAAUGAGUUGUUAGAUAAUGGAGAAAAACAGGCGUCAGCAUCGACUACAUCUGUCUUAUCAAGCUCUUGCGCUGGUGUAGACGUAAAUAAUCUAGAUCAACGCACAUCGUAUGCUUUUUCAAAUAGACACUUAAAUCACAUGGAAGGAUAUUUAUUUAAACGCACUUCAAAUGCUUUCAAAACAUGGAAUCGGCGAUGGUUUUGCAUGCGUGAUAACAAACUGUCCUAUCGAAAAAGAACUGGUGAAGAGCUGCCGACAGUAAUGGAGGAAGAUUUGCGUCUCUGCACAGUUCGGCUACUCUCUGAAGCGGACCGGCGAUUUUGUUUCGAAGUUAUCUCACCAACUAAAUCGCAUAUUCUGCAAGCUGAUUCUGAAGCAAUGUUACAGGUGUGGUUUAAAGCUCUGCAGAAGGGUAUCGACUCUGCUAUUCAAUACAACAGUUCUUAUAGCAAUGAUAUGCGUGGUAUUCAGAGCCAAUCCCCGACUAAUGACACAUGCCCGGCGAACUUCGAAAUUGCCGGUUUCGCAGGUGGAAAAGGAGUUGAUCAGAAAAAAGGUGCUAAACGAAUAAACUGGACCCAAAUUCUUAAGAUUCCAGGAAACUCUCGAUGCUGCGAUUGUGGUAAUGCAGAGCCUAAGUGGGCUUCAAUCAAUCUCGGAAUAACACUUUGCAUCGCAUGUUCUGGAGUACAUCGCAGUCUAGGUGUGCACUACAGUAAGGUUCGCUCAUUAACACUGGACGUUUGGGAACCUGAAAUUUUACGUGUCAUGAUAGAACUUGGAAAUGAGGUUGUUAACCGAAUAUACGAAGCUAACAUUACCAAAGUUAAUAGGUUUGAUCGAGCUACGGACAAUUGCGAGAUAUCAGUUCGAGAAGCAUGGAUUAAAGCAAAAUACAUCGAUCGCAAAUUCGUUCUUCCGUUGGAUGGUAAUGGAGGAUUGGGUUCUGCACCAACUCCAACGAGUACUUCAUCGUCAACGCUUUCUUUCAAGAGUUUGGAUAACGACAAUUCGAAAUAUCCUGAAAAAUGGAGCAUCAAAAAACUGAGACGGCGAAGCUACCGUCAGUUAUUACGAAAGAAGCAUCGUGGCGGAGAGGAUGGCGAGGAAGUGUCUUCCAGUGGAGUACUAAAGGAAGUCGAUGCGGAUGCUGACGAAAAGGAUGUAAAUCUAAACAUUCCGAAGAAAUUCACUGAUAUCUUAUUGAUUGGCGAAAAUAUUAUUGAGAACAACCACAAUCUUACCGAUGAAAACUUACUGUUGCUUAAUUCGGAUCAAGAGUCAACUAGUGGCGAAGAAGACAACGCAAUUAUGGAAUGCGAAGAAUUUGAUAAGUUAAAUCCCAAUUUUCUCCUGUAUAAGGCAUCUGCAGGACACAAUUUGCCUGUGAUGUGUCAAGCAUUAGCAUUGGGAGCAGACAAAAACUGGUGCAAUCAGGAUGACCUAGACAGAACUGCCUUGCAUGCGGCGAUCCUUUCCGGUUCAGUAAUGUCUUGUGAGUUUUUAAUACUUAACGGUUGUAAUAUCAAUGCAGCAGACAGAAACGGAUUUACGGCACUUCAUUUAGCCACCGAUAAUAGCUGUACAGCCCAGGCUUACCUCCUUCUCAAGCAUAAAGCCAAAUAUGAUGUUGUCGCCAAAAAUGGCAAAUUACCAAUUGAUAUCGCCGUAGAAAAAACCGAUGCUGACAUCGUAACACUUUUACGAUUGGCACAGUUAAAUGAUGAAAUCGGUCCUGGAGAAGACGGUGAUAACUAUUCUGGAGGUGAUUCUACAUAUGCCGCUGUGAUGAAUGAUUUCUCCCAUUUCACUAGCAUUCAACCGCAACGAUUGCAGCGGAACCGAAACGUUUGUAACACACAGGUAGUUGCAACAACUCUAGCCGAAUCUAGCAUUAGUUCGCUCGCUUCAUCUUCUACAAGCAGUACUUCAACUGUUAUUGCACCUGUAAUUACUGAAACUAUUGUGACUGAUCUCGAUACGCAUCAGGAUGAAGAGAAAUAGGUAAAUGUUAUUGAAUAAUAAUGAUAAAAUAGUACUUCUCUUUAAGAUUAUGGUUCCAUAUUCAGAGAGGCGUCGUUUGUACUUAAAGGUUGAAUUGUUGAAAACGCAAAAAGUGAUAAAUUUUAAGCAACGAAAAUGUUAGGCACGUUUGGGCGUUUUUUUAAAUGUUCUAUCGUAUCAAAUCAUAUUUUGCUAGUUUUUAUUCAAUCCGGUCAAUUUAAAGGAUUAGAAAAAAACAUGUAUGAAAAAAGAAUUUGUGAGACCUUGUGAUUAUUUUUCUCUAAUUUCACUGACAUUAUCUGUGUCAAUGUUGGAUAUAUGAUUAACUAAAAAUAGCAGCUCGAUUGCAUGAGCAAAAUUCAUUCACUCCACUCAAUUUUAAAUCGCGACCAUUCCACUAAAAUAGAAGUAGAAACUACACGCCACCACUAACAAAUGAAGUUGUGCUUGGGACUUAGCGCGUAUGUUAAAUUAUCUCUGAAGCGCGUGCAUUUUAUUGAAUACAUAUGGAAUUAUAAAGUACUCUGCAUUUAGAAAAGAUUAUUAUUCAUAAAAUAAGUAUAUCUUUUGUAAAUGCUGAAAAGUUAUUCAUUGUUACACUUGCAACUAACUUUAUAUUACUUAUGCAUGCAAUGGAACAAAAAUUUAUUCCACAAUACCGACAAUUGGAGAAUAAUGUGCAGAUGAUGCAAAUAAGAUGAAAAAGUGCGGAAUCACUAUCGGUUUCAUGUUCGUAAACAGAUAAAUUUACUCCCGGUUCUACUUAUGAAUAACAAUUUCAAGGAAGGAAAGUAGAAACAUUUAAUAUUUAUUCGACAAUAUUAAGUAUUUUCGUUUGUGGUGAAAUAUAUUGUGAAGUUAUUUCAUUCAAAACUUGGAAACAUUGUACAUGACACAACAGGCUUCAAUUAUUUAUCCAAGAAAUUAUAGUUGUAAACAAACUAGGAUGCGCUCUUUAAAAACGGUAUAAGGAUAAAAUUCAUAUCAUGUUAUUUUCUGCCGUUUUGUUAUCAUUGCAAAUUAUAUUAUUGUUAGAUCACGGUUCUGCGACGAUGUUUAUGUAAACAAAUGCAGAAACUAUUACAUGGAACAGCGGAUAUACAUACAAAUAUACACUAUCUUAUAUAUACCUGAAAUGGAUAAACAGUAUAUAGAGAAUCACCAUUAGUGUAGUACAUCCUGUAAA